GCCUGGGCGUGGCCUGGCGGGCCGGUGCACAGCCCCAGCGGAGCAGCUGCGCCGCGGUCUUCGCCUCAGUCCUCAGCUUCCGCGUCCAGGCAGCUCCCGGCGAGGAGAUCCUCGCCAUGUCUGCAGCCAUGAGAGAACGGUUCGACCGGUUCCUGCACGAGAAGAACUGCAUGACUGACCUCCUGGCCAAGCUCGAGGCCAAGACCGGCGUGAACCGGAGCUUCAUCGCGCUCGGUGUCAUCGGGCUGCUGGCCUUGUACCUGGUGUUUGGUUAUGGAGCCUCUCUUCUCUGCAACCUGAUAGGAUUUGGCUAUCCAGCCUACAUCUCAAUGAAAGCCAUAGAGAGUCCCAACAAAGAUGACGACACCCAGUGGCUGACCUACUGGGUAGUAUAUGGCGUGUUCAGCAUUGCUGAGUUCUUCUCUGACCUCUUUCUGUCAUGGUUCCCCUUCUACUACAUGCUGAAGUGUGGCUUCCUGCUGUGGUGUAUGGCCCCAAGCCCUUCCAAUGGCGCUGAGCUGCUCUACAGGCGCAUCAUCCGUCCAUUCUUCCUGAAGCACGAAUCCCAGGUAGACAGUGUGGUGAAGGACCUGAAGGACAAAGCCAAAGAGACUGCAGAUGCCAUCACUAAGGAAGCCAAGAAAGCUACAGUGAACUUACUGGGUGAAGAGAAGAAGAGCACUUAGCCCUCUGCCGGACAGCGCUUCCCUGCCCUCCUGCGCCCCCCCACACCCGGUAGAGCUUGAGGUUAUGUCAGGGACUGCAGUGUCAUCAUUUUGAUAAUGUUGCCUUGGAAACAUUUUUGAUAUAUUAAAAUGGAAUGUGUUGUAAGUUUUUUGCCAUCAAUGUCUGUAUACAUAGGAAGCGUUUAAUUUAAAUUUAAUUUCAAUUUAAUGCAGUGGGCAAUAUCUAAAUUUUUGAAAAUAUUUUGCCUCUGGGUAGGAAAAGAAGUGUUACUCUCCUGCAUAAAAUAUAAAGUAAAAUAAAAUUAUGUAUCCCAUAGGCUUUGUACUGUACUUGACUGGCGAGACUCUGCAUGCAUUUUCUCUGUACUUAACAUUUAAUCUGUAUGUUCCUACAUCAUGUAAUGUAGUUUUUCGAAUUCUUCAGUGUUUUAAUGUAUUUAUGUAUAUAUAAAGAGAACUGUGCAGAAUGCUCAGAGGAAGGUGCCAAGGAGGUUAUACCUCCAUUUAUAAAUCCUGUACAAGCAGACCACCAGCCAAAAGUGGGAGGUACGAUUCUGCUGCUGUCAUCUGCUAAUAAUACUUCAGAAAACGAAUACAAAUUAGCAAUAUUCAAAUAAGGUAAGAGAGGAGCUUGAAUGGAGGUUGGGCUGCUUGCUUUCCUAACAUUGUAGUCCUGAAUACUAGGACAGCUUUGUAGAACAGUCAGUCUUGUGGUAAAUGUGGAAGUUUAUCCAUGUCAGUCCAUACUCGCAACUCCCUGUAGAAACAGCAAUACCGUCUGACUGCUUAAGCUUUAGGUGUGCCUGUUACUACCAUGCUAAAAUGAAAGCCAUUUUUGGGUUUACCUGCUGAGUGAUGCAUUGUUUUAGUCGUCCCCCUCCCCCUCGCUGUUUAAGAAACCCCUCAAGACACAUCCUCCUCUGAGGCCAUAAGUAUUCUCAUUUAUGUCAUCAGCAACAACUUGCCCAUGAUCACACUCGCCUAAGAGCAGUUCUGGGAGAAUGAAAGGAGCUCGAGUAACCCAUCGUCUGACUUCGAGUGGUCAAGCCAAGCUGCCUUCAUCUUUCUUCUGGACUUCAAUGUCAAAGUUGAGGUUUCCCCAGUUAACAACAUGUCAGAAUUAUUUUUAGUCCAUGCCUUCAUGUUUGUUUUCAUAAACUACAUAUGGCUGCAUAAAGUAUAGAAUAAAUAGAAUGAAUGUUUCCAA